AUGACAGGUGUCGUCCCGCCGCCAAGAUCCGGCCGUGACCUCUCUAUUCCACCUGACGAUGGGAUCUCGAAUUUGCAUUUCUCCAACCACAGUAACCACCUCCUCGUCUCCUCCUUGGACAAGAGCGUGAGGCUGUACGAUGUGAGUGCCAAUGUCUUGCGAGGAGAGUUCUUCCACGGUGGAGUCGUGCUUGAUUGUUGCAUCCACGAUGACUCCUCUGGUUUAGUGUCGGUGCUGACAAUCUAG